AUGUUCGCGGGAUUCACACACAACGAGGGUGCCUAUUUCGUGUCGCCUUCCAUGGCCACGUCCGAUGAUUUCACUAAGUUCUUCGCCACCCUGCUGCCACAGUUUUCUCCGGAGGAUUUGCGCACGCUCGAUCGACUCUAUCCAGACCCGCUCGUGGCCAGGUCACCUUACUUAGAGACGAGAAACAUUACCGUGGGGCCUCAGUCCAAACGCCCGGAAGCAGCAUAG